AUGAAUACAUGUAAUAAGUGUGGUAAGAGCUUCACGCGGGCUACUAGUCUUCGCCAUCACCAAUUAAGUAGAUGUGAUGAGAACUGUCCAAUCCCAAAGAAGAGGAUAAGACCUCUCGGUAUUGAAGUAAUUGAUGGUAGUGUUUCAAAACUUACCCAUGCUUUUAAAAACAGAAUUGCAUCAUUCCGGAUUACCAGUACACAUUCAAUAUCGCAUAGUGAUUUCCUAGAUGAUAUUAAACCAAAAGUUUUGGGAAUUAUUAAUGACCAUCUCCAGAGGUAUACGUCAUUGAAGAUCAACUUUGAAUUGUUUGGCAUUUAUGUAAAACCAGAUGCGGAAUUAUCUGAUAUCAAGUCCAUGAACACCAAAAACGAGAUAGUAACAGUUAGUAGUAAUUUAAAUAAGAUUUUUGAAAAAUUUAAAGAGGAUAUAAUGGUCCAAGCUUCAGAAUUUCAAGAAAAAGACUCGAACUGGUCAUUGCAGGAAAUACUGUUCCUUGAUGUUAAUAUUAACCGAUAUAGUGCCAUAGCAGCUUCAUCAUACAUACAACUCCCAUGGUUUAUUAAGAAAAAAUGUGCUGCAUUAAACAUUAAAAACAUAGAUAAUAAGUGCUUCGCUUGGUGUGUGAACGCGGCCAUUUUCCCCGCUACCGGUGAUCCCGCCAAUCCAGAAUCGUAUCCUCCAUAUGAUUUCGAUUUCGAUAACAUUGAGUUCCCCAUUAAAUUAAGUGAUAUUAAAAGAUUUGAAAAACUAAACAAUAUUUCUGUAAAUGUGUAUGGAUUGGACACUUACUUUAAAGGUCCGAAAAAGCAAUAUGAAGUUGUUGGACCUCUGCAUUUUACUUCACAAAGAAAACCAACCCAUGUAAAUCUACUUCUUCUAAUUGGUAAUGAUCAAAGUCAUUACUGUCUUAUUACUGACUUGAGUAGACUGGUUAGAAGCCAGAAGACUACACACGAAACUAAACUUCAUUUCUGCGAUGGGUGUCUCCAAUCCUUUAAUACGACGGAAAAACUCAGUAGUCAUCAGGAAAAUGAUUGCACUCACGUUUACACCAAACUACCAAGUACGGACUUGAAAAUUAAUAAGUGCGGUGAACAGCUCCCUGAAAACAUCCUUAAGUUUGUAAAUAUAGAAAAGAAGCUACCGGUCCCAUUUGUGAUCUAUGCGGACUUUGAAAGUUUGUUAAUGCCAUUACAAGGCGCAGAACCAUAUGAUGGAAAAUCUUUUACAACUAGAGUUGCAGAAUACGUGCCGUAUUCAUUUGCCUUUUAUGUCAAGUGUAAUUAUGAUGACAGAUUAUCACAACUAGUAACAUAUGAAGGCGAAGAUGCUGCUCAAAUUUUUGUACAAAAACUUGAUACUGUUGUACACGAUUUAUAUAAUCAUCACCUGAAACACGUGAAACCGAUGCUUCCAUUGACAAAAGAAGAGAAAAAGAUACAUGAAAACGCUACAUUGUGUUAUUUGUGCCAAAAAUCGUUCAAUCUUUCAAACCGAAAGGUCCGAGAUCAUUACCAUUUAACAGGUCAAUAUAGAGGACCAGCACAUAAUUCAUGUAAUAUUAAUUACAAGAUCUCAAAUACUAUACCAGUGUUCUUCCAUAAUUUAAGCAACUAUGACUAUCACCUGUUUAUUAAAGAACUAUCAACAAAAGGAGAAAGAGUAUCGGUCAUUGCUCAGACCAAAGAAAAGUAUAUUUCUUUCUCUAAAGCAAUACUAGUUGAAAAAGCAGAAAAUAAACAUGUAUACAUGUCUCUGAGAUUUGUAGAUUCAUUUAGAUUCCUAGCAAAGUCUCUGGAUAAUUUAAGCACUACUUUGGAUUCCAGCCAGUGUGUGGAAGUUAAAAAACAUUUUCCAGACAUUAAUCAGUUUGAGUUAAUGAGGCGUAAAGGAGUCUUUCCAUAUUCCCACAUUGACACCAUUGAGAAGCUCAAGGAAAAUCAACUACCAUCUAAAGAUAAAUUUUAUAACACACUAACAAGUGAGCACAUUUCUGAUGAGGACUUUGAAAGAGCCCAGGAAGUUUGGGAUAUAUUUAAGUGUCAAUCUUUAAGUGAUUAUGCCAUGCUUUAUUUAAAGUCAGAUGUACUACUAUUAGCAGAUGUUUUUGAAAACUUUAGGAAAGUUUGUCUUAAAGAAUACCAUCUUGACCCCUGCCAAUACGUUACAGCGCCAUCUUUAAGUUGGGAUGCUAUGUUAUAUAAAACCAAAAUUCAACUGGAGCUAUUAACAGAUAUCGACAUGGUGAAUUUCUUCAAAAAGGGCAUUAGAGGCGGUGUAGCACAAUGUAGUAAAAGAGAGGCCGUAGCAAAUAAUCAAUAUGUGAGUAACUUUGAUCCACAGAAACCAGAAAAAUACAUAAUGUACUUGGAUGCUACGAAUUUAUAUGGGUCUGCAAUGAGCCAAUAUCUACCAUAUGGUGGUUUCAGAUGGUUACAUAACGAAAUCCAAAACUUUGAUAUAAAUAUAGAUGAUGAAUCACCACAGGGGUAUGUUCUAGAAGUAGAUUUGGAAUACCCAGCCCAUCUACAUGAUGCUCAUAAUGAUCUACCCUUCUGCCCGGAAAGCAUAGCACCACCUAAAAGUAAAAUAAAAAAACUAAUACCAAAUUUAUAUAACAAAACCAAAUACAUCAUCCACUAUAGAAAUCUAAAACAAUGCCUUCGACAUGGUUUAAAACUGAAGAAAAUCCAUCGUGUGCUGAAGUUCAAUCAAUCACCAUGGCUUAAAAAUUACAUCGAUUUAAAUACAUCACUUAGAAAUAAUGCAAAAAACGAAUUUGAGAAAGAUUUGUUCAAGCUCCUUGUUAACGCCAUCUUUGGUAAGACAAUGGAAAACAUAGAGAAAAGAAUAAAUGUCCGCCUUUGUACUCGCUGGACAACUAAAACAAGGUCAAUUGGAGCAAGAGCACUGAUAGCCAAACCAGAAUUUAAAUCUUGUUCUGUCUUCAAUGAGAACUUGGUGGCCGUCCAAUUGGGAAAAACCAAAAUUAUACACGACAAGCCCCUAUACGUAGGCUUCUCGAUAUUGGAUAUAUCAAAAACUGUAAUAUACAAUUUCUAUUAUGGAUAUAUUAAAAGCAAAUACGGAGAAGAUGCUACCCUAUUGUACACAGAUACUGAUUCACUGAUUCUCGAGAUAUGCACACCCAACUUCUACGAGAAUAUGAAAGAAAAUUUACAUUACUUUGACACCUCCAACUACCCAGUCGAUAACAUACAUGGUAUAUCUAAAACAAAGUCUAUCCUUGGUAAAAUGAAGGAUGAAUUCGCAUCGGCACCAAUUAAAAGUUUUUAUGGUACAGGCGCCAAAGCUUAUUGUGUGGAAGCCAACAAGCUGCUGAAAAAGGCAAAAGGCGUAUCCAAGCAUAUCACCAAACACCAACUCCAGCUGAGUGACUAUGUUCGCAUUGUAAAAGAUGGUGGGACCAUAUUUAGAAAAAUGUAUGUUUUUGUUUCUGACAUGCAUACAAUCUAUACCGAAUUGAGAAACAAGGUAGCUCUCUCUGCAAAAGACGAUAAAAGAUAUGUCAUUCCUGGUGAUGUAAAAACUCUUGCCUGGGGGCAUCUACUCCUUAAUCCUCCAGGAACUUUGGAUGAUUUACUUGCAGCCAUGGAUGAAAUGGAUCCAAAACCCAUGGAAGAUUUGGUUGAGGAGGAGCCAACCCUAGAUGAUAUACCACUAGAUGAUUUGUUUAUUAUAUCAGAUUUUGAAUAUAAUACAUAUCUGUCAAUUUCAAGUAAAUAA